UUGGCAACGCCGUGCCACGUUAAGAUUCAGCUCUGAGCAAGUUGACUCAUUCCGUGGUUAACGGCGGGGCUGUCCUUUCCCUCUUGACAUUUUUGUAUCGAGAGCUUCUCUUGCUCUUGCUGCACUUUUUCCUGCUUGGACGAGGCCUCCUCCCACCCUUGGCUGGAGUGCGAGCACAGCAACGGGGCCAGUCGAAGUCGGGCGCAUGGGCCCGCGCGACCUGACCCCGGGCGUCACGCGCAACGGCCGCGGGAUGUCCGAGCAGUGGGCGGCGCCCGCCGGCGGGGGGCGGCCGCGACGCGGCGGCGAGCGCCCGGCGUUCGCCCGCAACCGACUGGCGGUGGCCUUGGCGCUGUCCGUCGUCACGCUCGUCGCCGUCGCCGCCGUGGCCGUGGCGCUGGGCGUUCGCUUCGAGGACUGCGGGGGAGCCCCGGAGGAGGAAGAGGAGGAGCGGGCGGCGCCGAAGCACCGCGACGGCGGCGGCCGGGGGGAAGGCGCGGCGGCGCCGACGGAGGAGGAGGCGGCCCGACCGUGGAGGAAGAGCCGGCUGCCGGCCUCGGUGCGGCCGCGCCACUACGACCUCCGCCUGGACGUCCGCAUGGACAACUUCACCUUCUCGGGCGACGUCAGCAUUGACAUCGAGUGCGUCAACGCCACCAGGUUGAUUCUGCUGCACGCCGACAGACUUGAGGUGUCGAGCGCCUCGGUGACGGCCAACAGGCCGGGGGGAGGCGCCGUCCGCGUCCACCGCCGCUUCCUCUUCCCGGCCACUCAGAUGCUGGUGUUGGUGCUGCAUCGAGAGCUGAAGGCUUCCAGGACGUACCGCCUCAACCUCACCUUCGACGCCGCCAUCGAGGACGAGCUGCUCGGAUUCUUCAGGAGCUCCUACACCCUGGGCGGCCAAAGGCGCUACCUGGCGGUGACGCAGUUCAGCCCGACUCACGCCCGCAAAGCCUUCCCGUGCUUCGACGAGCCGGCGUUCAAGGCCACCUUCUCGCUCAGCCUGCGGCACCACGCCGAGUACACGUCGCUGGCCAACAUGCCGGCGCUGGAGGAUGACGACGGCGAUGACGACGGCUGGACGACGCGGCGCUUCGCCCGCACGCCGCGCAUGUCCACGUACUACCUGGCCUGGGCCGUCUGCAACUUCACAUCCAGAGAGACGCGCACCGACGGCGGAGUGGCGAUCCGUUUGUUCGCCCGGCCGGACGCCAUCGCCAGCGGCGCCGGCGACUACGCGCUUGACAUCGCCGGGCGCCUCCUGGCCUUCUACCAGGACAUCUUCCAAGUGCCGUACUCGCUGCCCAAGCUCGACUUGCUGGCGGUGCCCAAGCACCCGUACGCCGCCAUGGAGAACUGGGGCCUGAGCGUCUUUGUGGAGCAGAAGAUCCUGCUGGACGCCCGGGUGUCGUCGUCGUCCUACCGGAUGGAGGUGACCAUGGUGGUCGUCCACGAGAUCUGCCACCAGUGGUUCGGCGACCUGGUGACGCCGCUGUGGUGGGAGGACGUGUGGCUGAAGGAAGGCUUCGCUCACUACUUCGAGUACGUCGGCACCGACUUCCUCUUCCCCAAGUGGAACAUGGAGAAGCGGCGCUUCCUGACGGACGUCCUGCACGAGGUGAUGUCGCUGGACGGCCUGAGUUCCUCCCACCCCAUCUCGCAGGAAGUGCGCGACGCCGCCGACAUCGACCGCGUCUUCGACUGGAUCGCAUACAAAAAAGGGGCGGCGCUGAUCCGGAUGCUGGCCAACGUGAUGGGACCCAGCCUCUUCCGCAAAGGACUUCACGAUUAUCUGCUGAGCCACAUGUACGGCAACGCGGCCCGUGACGACCUGUGGAGGAAGCUGUCCGAGGCCAUGCGCUCGGAAGGGCGGGACAUUGACGUCGGGGCCGUGAUGGACGGCUGGACUCUGCAAACGGGAUACCCCGUGGUCACCGUCGCCAAGGACCCGGCGGAGGAGCGCGUCGUCACCGUCAGCCAGGAGCGCUUCCUGUACGGCGGGGACGGGAGCGGAGGCGGGAGCGGCGACGGCGGCUUGCGGUGGCAGGUGCCCUUGACGGUCGCCACGGGAAACCUGACCCGGCUGCGUUCGGAGACCCUCAUCUGGAUCCGCAACGGCACAGAAAGCCACGGGCUGCGCGAGACGGAGCGGCAAACGUGGCUGCUGGCCAACAUCGACCAGACGGGCUACUUCCGCGUCAACUACGACCUGCGCAACUGGAAGCUGCUGAUCCGCCAGCUGCGCGGCAACCCCCAGGUCAUCCCGGUGGGCAACCGCGCGGGACUCAUCGACGACGCUUUCAACCUGGCCAGGGCGGGUUACCUGCCGCAGGGCGUGCCGCUGGAGUUGAUUGGCUACCUGCCCGAGGAGGCGUCCUUCCUGCCGUGGCACGCCGCCAGCCGGGCGCUCUACCGGCUGGACAAGCUGCUGGACCGCACCGACGACUACCACCUCUUCAGCGACUACGUGCUCAAGCAAGUGGCGGCGCGCUACCAUCGGAUGGGCUGGCCCGGCAAGGCGGCCGACGACGACGGCGGCGACGGCGUCCCGCCGGUGUCCCACCAGACUGAGGAGCUGCAGAGGGAGCUCAUCAUGUUAGCGUGUAGCUUUGGACACAAAGAGUGCCAGCGCCAAGCCGUCGCCUACAUCUCGGACUGGAUCUCCAGCAACAAGAACGGAAUCCCGCCCAACAUCCGCGACGUGGUCUACUGCACGGGCGUCGGUCUGAUGGACGAAGACGUGUGGGAGUUCAUCUGGAUGAAGUUCCACUCGUCAAAGGCCGUCUCGGAGAAGAAGAUCCUGCUGGAGGCGCUGACGUGCUCCGACGACGCCUUCCUGCUCGACAGGUUGCUGAACCUGUCGCUGACGUCGGAGCUGGUGGCCGAGCAGGACGCCAUCGACGUGAUCGUGGGCGUGGGCCGCAACCCCCGGGGCCGCAACCCGGCGUGGCGCUUCUUCCGCGACAAGUGGGACGUCCUCAACGCGCGCUACGGCGAGGCGCUCUUCAUGAACUCCAAGCUGAUCGGCGGCGUCACCGAGUUCCUGGACACGGAGAAGGAGCUCCAGCAGCUGAAGGAGUUUGUCCGAUCCUGCGGCCCGGGGGCGGGGCCCGCCUUGCCGCGGGCGCUGGAGAUCGUGGAGGGCAACGUGCGCUGGCACCGCCUCCGCCGCCGACACUUGUACCAAUGGCUGCGCGAGGCCCGCGGCUGACGCCUUCCGGAAGGACGCCUGGCCCGCCGCUCUCGGGGAGGGGGGGGUGGGGAAGAAAAAAAGCAAUGCUAGUUGGCAGCAGUCAGGUCAGUUAGCCGUUAGCAACGAGUGACCGACGUGACGCCCAGAUUUCAAUUUCACUUUUUUUGGUUUUUUGCUCAGUCAGGCGGAGAAAGGAUUGGCGGCCCUUCAAAAUAAAAGCAUGCAAGUGUUAUUUUCUAUAUAGUAGAGUGUUUGUACCCCCCUCCCCCUAAAACAGCACAGAAUCCAUAAGGCCAACCCCCAUACCCCUCCACGCCCCCACCCCAACUCACUUUGACGUUUGGAGGACACACAAAGGAAGAAGGGUC